AUGGAGGAAGCCAACAAGGUCCUAAUCCUUCUGCACAGCGAUGAGGAGUCUACCGCGCAAGAGCUCAUCCAGAUCUGCGAGCAGCUUAUCCUGGAGAACGAACACUCGCAACAAGACAAGUUGGGCCUCGGCCAUGGGCCAGCGGUUCUCACGGCGCUACAUCCACCGGACCGCCAUGGCCGCUUUUAUCGUGUCCAUGAGCCAGCUCAGCGGUGCCAACGUGAUACCAAAAACUUCCAAAGCAGCUUGCACGAGGCGUUGGACUUGACCGGAAAACAGGCGCUCCUCAUCAGCGGCUACUACGGCAUGAUGGGGCGUCGUCGGCCAGGUUAUCUACCUGUUGUUCGUUGCGGACAAGUGGCCGCGAGUCCGCUCCCUCUGGACCGGCCCGGUGCUGCUCAGCUUCAUGAUCGCCGUGUGGAUGGCCCUGAGCGCUGUCUAAGGCACGUCGGCCGGCAAUCAAGAUGGUGCGCGGGCUCGCCAUCGCCAUGA